AUGCUGCUAAACCUGGGUCUCACCGCCGAUGCUGCAGCUGCUCAUACCACAGAUCUUAGCGUCCAGCUAGAGACGCCACCAACUACUCCAUCAUACUAUUCAGCGUUCUCCUUUCCAAAACUACCAUUCGUUGGAAACCUCUAUAAUAAAUCACACCAGUUGGAUGGUCAUACUCCACGACCAGCCUCUAUCACCGCCAUGAGUGCCCUCGCCUUGCCGAGCGGGGCCAACUCGACUCAAACUGUUCGUAUCGGCCGAUCAAAUACUACACGGAAAUCUACGCGACGAAAAACAUCAUACCAGCUAGCACAUCCUGCUUCCCAUGCUCGCCACAAACGCCUCAAGCUUCGCCCAAAAUUGCUACUCCAGCUGCAACAAACCUCACAAACUCCUCGGCCCUUACCUAUCUUAGAUAUCUUGCCCUCCACACUAUACUUGCCUCGACUAGCUCGGAAAUUUCCCACCAUGUUCCGAGGAAAGAAUGGCCUGGGCCCUAACGACUUGAUAAUUGUCCUGAGCGAUCUAUACGAACGAACGGCGGUCAAUAUCCCCAAAAAUCCGUCGUCGGAAGAUGAGGAUGAAGAUCAGCGCGAAGUGGUGGCGACAAUCUGUCAGAUGCUUCAAGAUGAUGCUCGUAUGCAAGGGAAGGCUGAGAUCUGCAUGAACUUCGGGCCAGUGUGGGAAGCCACCCCACUGCCCUCAGGUUCAUAUGAAUUUGUCGCACACAUCGGAAAUGAUGUCAAGGUAUUACGUUGGGCCUUGCGUGGAGCUAAGAGUCGCCGAUUAUCUGCACCCACAGGAGCCGUUCUGCGUGAAGACACCAAGAAAUUCACCUUUAGCGUCCUCGAUCCAACCACCCGCCGCCAUCCAGUCAUCGCCACCAUGACUCGCAAUCAAUUGGAAGUCUUUGACGAAUAUUCUACAUCGGUUCGAUCGGAUCUAGCAACGCCAAGCUCAGGCAUGUCUGUAGUCAGUGACUUGUCCGAUGCGGAUGCACCCUUGGACCCAAGAGAGAAUGUUGUCCCACUUGAGGAUGGCCUGCGAACUUUGAUUAUUGUGACCAGUAUCUGGGUGGCCUUCCGUGAGGGCUGGUCUGACAUUUUCAGCUAUGACCCGGUCUCAUCGAUCGCCAAAAGUCCCGUCCAACUGGCUUCCCAAAGCGGCUCACCAGUAGCCGCCAAGAACGAGGUCAGAUCUGUUGAUCAGGAUGAUUGUUCUCCGAGGGACCUGACAAAUAGGGCCAAGCGCUGCGUCUCUGUGUCUAGUGUCCAUCGUGCCGUCGCAACACCCUCCGCUGAUAAGUCCUUUGGUAGUCUGUCUAAACGGUCAAAUUCAAGCGGUGCUGCUUUCAUGGAGCGAGCCAAGCAACGUAGCACCUCAACUGGAGCCCGAUUGAAUCGCCACACAAUGGUCUCAGGCCCGGCUGACAACGGUCACAUUGUUGUCUCUCGUCCACCGUCGUUACGACAGAACUCUACCGGACCCGAAGAGAUUUCACAGCCUAUUCACAAUCGAUCACGAAGUAGCACCAAAACUCAGUUCAUCGUCCCCGACACCUCCAAAUUCAAAGUAGAUCGGGCAUCAACUCCUCCCUCGCAUCACUCUCAAGCUCGGACCGCCGAAGAACCCAAAACCCCUGAGGACCGUCCAGAACCAGCCAAGGGAAAACGGCGUCAUCGGCUCAGCUCCUUCUUCCAUAUAUUCCACCGAAAACACGAGGUCCAUUGA